CUCCUCACACGUAAAGAUUCAGAAGUGCCCGCCAACAUGAGCCUCUUGCCCACUUCCCGCGUGCUUACCAAGCGCGCCGGUGCCUUCAUGGCGCCUUUAGCCAGUCGCAACAUUUACACGAAGGGCCUGGCCAAGGACAUGAUGAGCAAAUCUUGUUACAAUGGCGUUAACUUCAUCAUUCCCGAGAAGGCGACUGUGUUCGAGGCGCUGAAGCGCAUGGCAGGCAUUAAUUUGGGCUGCCUCGCCGUCAGCAGCGACGAUGACAAGUUCGUAGGAAUUCUCACGGAGCGAGAUUACCUGAAGAAGGUGGAGCUUCAAGGACUCACGGCUAAGGACACACUUGUGAAACAGAUCAUGACGAACCGUGCACGUCUGACCGUCGCGAAGGAGAACGAGACUCCCAGUCAGCUUAUGACCAAGAUGCUCUCCAGUGAUGUUCGCCACCUUCCCGUGGUGAAUGACGAUGGCAACCUGAUCGGCAUGCUGUCCAUCAAGGACAUUGUGCGCGAGAUCAACCGCGAGCAUGACGCCGAUAUGGAUACGCUCAGUAAUUUCGCCAUGGGCCACGGCGGUCACUUCGUGCUGGACUAAAAUAAAGCCAACACCGACUGCUGCCGAGGAAUGAGUUAUCCACACACACCUCACUUGAUUUACCGGAAGCUGCUGUGCUCAUCUCUUUGCUCCUAGCGAACCGAACUCGAGCAAUGCUGCGCAUUUAUCCCGUUUGCAUGAGCUGCUGGGCUAGUUAAAUCACGAAUGCGAGCAGUACAGUUGACCUUGUU